GGAGUUGAUCCCGUCUCCGGGGGAAGCAGCUGGUAAUAAUGGCGCGGUGCCAGGGGACCGUUGAGAGCCUCUGCCAGGGGCUGCUCGACCUCGACGACGACAAGUUCGGUGCAAUGUGCAGCGCCUUCGGCUACCUCCAGGAGUGGCCGGACCUGGGUGCCGCCAUGUGCGGCGCCAAUCUCGCCGUGCCGCCUGCCGUGGCGACGCCGAGCGCCGGCGACGGCAACGAUUCCUCCUCUUGCAGCGUCAGCGGCGGGUUGAGGAAGAGGAGGCCGGACGCGUACCUCGAUGCCAAGGGUGGUGCGAACGGCAUGAACAAGAGACCCAGAGGGAAGCAGCAGCCGUCUGGCCUCUCUGAGAUCGCGGCGGCGCCCGGGAAAGGGAAGCAGGAGAGGCCAAAGGCUGGCACCAAGAAGAAGGCCGAGGCUGCGGCGGCGGCGGCGGCUGCCGGCCAGAAGACCGACUACAUCCACGUCCGGGCCCGCCGCGGCCAGGCCACGGACAGCCACAGCCUCGCCGAGCGGGUGAGGAGGGAGAGGAUCAGCGAGCGGAUGCGGUACCUGCAGGAGCUGGUGCCCGGGUGCAGCAAGGUCACGGGCAAGGCCGGCAUGCUCGACGAGAUCAUCAACUACGUCCAGUCCCUGCAGAAGCAAGUCGAGUUCUUGUCCAUGAAGAUCGCCGCUUCCAACCCGGUGGUGAGCUUCGACAUCGUCGAGGACCUCUUCGGCCGCCAGCUGAAGCAGGCGUGCGGCCCGGCGGCCGGCCAGCUGGAGCCGUCCUGCCUUCAGAUGAGCAUGAGCCCCAUGCAGCAGGUAGUGCACCCGUCUGCAGCGGCGGGCUCCACUGGCUUUGGGCCGCUGGACAUGGUCCUCAGCAACCUGUACGCGCCCGCCGCCGCAAGCUGCCCUGUGUCGGCUGCCCCGUCGGUCUCGGUGGCCGCCGGACCGUCGACCAUCGAGCCGUGCCUCAACGUGAAUGGAACUGCUGCUGCCUGGGAUAUUGGCUCCCAGAAUUUGUUCAGCGGAUUUGAUGCACAAUUUCAGUCGGUAGAAAGUGGCUGCUUGCUAGACAACCUCAAAAUGGAAAUGUGAGAAGAAUUAAUCCUCAUUGCUGGAGUUUUAACCACGGGAAAAAAAACUUGUGGCUGAAGAUUCUUUAUUCAUAUCAACUGUACUAAUGAAGUAUUCUGUCAGCAAUGGCAAUACAAGUACAUUUCUUGUGUU